ACACUUCAAGUAAUGAUUUUUUUUUUUUUCCAGGAGGAAGGAAUCUGUUUGUCUUCAGCUGCAAAGUGUUUUCUUUUCCAGAGUUGGGACCAUGGCUAUUGACUGGAUUGGUUUUGCAUAUGCUGCACUGCUGGCUGUUGGAGGUGUUGUAGGCUACACUCGUAAAGGCAGUAAAAUGUCUUUAGCUGCUGGUCUCACCUUUGGUUCUGUGGCUGGUUAUGGAGCUUACUGUGUAACACGUGAUCCAAGAAAUGUGAAGAUAUCAUUGUUUUCAGCUUUUCUUUUGACCAUUAUAAUGGGAUUGAGGUUCAAGAGGUCCAAGAAAUUAAUGCCAGCCGGACUAGUAGCAUGCCUGAGCCUUUUGAUGAUUUUGAGGCUUGUUUUCAUGCUGCUGUAGUAGAAUUUAGAGGUUUAAGAACCGAAGUAUGACUGCCACACCCACUGAACAAAGAGGCAAGUUCUCCAUACUAGAAAGACAAGUUUGAACACGUCUUAAAUUGCAUUUUUCUUUUCCGUAGAAGAUCUGUACCUGUUAUUUGAUAAUUGACAUUUGCUGAUAUUUUGAAAGCUUUUUUUUGUUCUUUAAAAUAAAGAGUUUUGUUGAUGAUUUAUUUUUAUAAACUUCCAUUUAAGUUGUCUGUUAACUCAAGGGAUCUUUCUCUGUAAGUUUGAUCUCUUUCAGGGGUGCUGAGCGCUCCAAGAAAUUGAGUUAGUCUUGCACUGUAUUUCUGAAAUAAGAGUAUAUAUAAAUACAUGAUUAUGCUAAAAAGGUAUAUUGUAUUGAACCAUAAUUUUGUAGCUUCUGAGAUUAAGUAAUCAAUUCUAAUCAUAUUGUCAAAUACUAAUCAAUAAAGGCUUGGGCCAGUAUGUGUUGCACUGGAAAACCCACCUUCCUUUCAAACACACAUUCUUGUUUCAUUGGUUUUAAAUGUAAAAACUAUUAUCAGUGUUCAAAUAGAAUGUAAAAUGUUCAAAGCUUCUCAAUUUUUUACACAGACUAGUAGGCUGUUUUGUCAGUGGAAGAGUCUGGUGAUCUGCUUUGUACUCAGUACCUGUUUAAAACAUGUACCACACUGUAAAUUCCCACUGACAUGAGCCAUAGCUGAGGAAGGUUCACCAUCUUGCACAAACAGCUCCUAAACUCUGUAUCUAACAGGUUUGCCAUUGUGGUCUUACACAGAUUAUCUUGCUGAAGUCCUCACCAUAAGCAGAGUAGACUGUUCAAACAUGAACUGUUCAGGGGUUGAAGUUGCUUCGGUUUGUGUAGGAAAUAAUUAAAUAUUCCCUGGGUCUCAAAACUCGGCUAAAACCAUCUUCUGAUGCACAGGAAUGUGCAGCCAAAUUAUUAAGAAACUGAAUAUGGGUGAGUGCACUAUUGAAGACAAAGGGAAAAAUUGCUUUAUUUUUUUCAUACAGAGCUUGCUUAUAAAGGAUAUCAUAUAUCAGAUCUCAGUGGAAUACCAAGCUUAUUGCUCUGGUCAGGGCCUUUAGGUGGUGACAGAGUGGUGUGAGCAGCUCAGAUGAUUAAGGCACAACUGACCAAAAAAGAGAAAAAAA